CAUGGACACUUUUUUACUUUUUGAAUAAAACACGAUGGUGAUCCCGCAGGAGGUUCUUUCAAAAGCCGAAGAAAUAGCAGAUCAGGUUAUACGUAGUGGGAAGCAUAUAUUACCAACUCUUGCACGAUUGUGUCUUAUAUCUACAUUUUUGGAAGAUGGACUUCGAAUGUGGUUUCAAUGGAACGAACAAAAAGAAUAUAUGGAUAUGUCUUGGGGUUGUGGAAAAUUCUUAGCUCAUGUAUUCGUCUUUGUUAAUUUAAUUGGACAACUCGGAGGAUGUGUUAUGGUCAUUGCAAGAUGGAAAGUCAACAUAGCUUGUGGAGUUCUAUUUUUCAUAUUGGUUUUACAGACAUUUGCCUAUAGUAUUUUAUUUGAUAUGCAAUUCCUGUUCAGGAAUUUAGCACUCAUAGGUGCAUUACUUCUGGUUUUGGCUGAAUCCAGAAUUGAAGGAAGAUCAUUGUUUGCUGGAGUUCCUUCACUUGGUGAUAAUAAACCUAAAAAUUUAUUACAACUUGCUGGAAGAAUUCUUUUAGCAUUUAUGUUUAUAACUUUAAUUCGCUUUGAAGUAUCAUUCCUUCAAAUUUUACAAGAUAUUGUGGGAAGUAUUUUAAUGUUAUUGGUGACUGUUGGAUAUAAAACUAAACUUAGUGCUUUGCUUUUGGUACUUGUACUUUCUGCAUUGAAUGUUUAUCACAAUGCAUGGUGGACUAUUCCAGACCAUAAACCAUUACGAGAUUUUCUUAAAUAUGACUUUUUCCAGACAUUAUCAGUAAUUGGUGGCCUUUUAAUGCUGGUAUCUUUGGGUCCUGGAGGUGUAUCAAUGGAUGAGCACAAGAAAGAGUGGUAGACAUUUAAUAAACUACCAUCAAAUACACCAUUACAUUAUCACACAUGUAAAGCCAAACUUUCACCCAUUCCUACUUCAUCGUACGUUCGAUCGAUUUUUAAAUGGGAUUAUCGCAUGCUGAAUGAACAGCUCCAAAAAAAAAAAAGGUGUAAUAUAAACUAUUCAGUUAAAAUAGACAAAAUUGUCAGAACAAAUUUCAAAAUCAACAACGCAUAAAAACAUAUGAAUAUAAUAACAGAUAUAUGAAGACAGAGUGAAUUUUAAAAGAUGAUAUUAUGUCCAUAAAGCAGAGUCUGAAAAUUAAAAAGAAAAAAAA